AAUACCGGUUGAGGGCUGACAGAGGACUCUAGUAUAUGUUCUGUGGUUGAUUCUUUAAUCAAUUCUUUUUAACUCUAACCUACACUAAUCGACACAAACCGAGAUUCUGCGAUUUGAUAUUUGUUUAUCAUUACUCGGUAUCAUUCAAUGUUUAAUAAUAUUUCUCAAUACUUUUUUACUGCGAUCACAGAAAUUGGCCUGAGUGAGAUUCAUUGAAGAGUGUUCAAUAGAUGUAUCACUCGAAUACCCUGAUUCUUAAAUAGCUGCUGGUACAAAAUAAGUAUCACGAUGACACCGCCGAUGGAAAGAAUUCAGAUUUUGGAGACCAUCGAGAAAGACAUUAUAGUGUGUUUGCAAAGUGCAGGACAAGCUUGUAUGGAAUUGGGCAAAGAGAAAUCAAGCUUGAAACAGGCGGAGUCACAAACGCAUCAGUUUUUGAAAACCUUAGGACAAUUGGAGUCUAAAUUAAGUGAACAAAUUAAUUAUCUCACACAAGUUUCUACUGGUCAGCCACACGAAGGUUCCGGAUAUGCGAGUCAAAAGGUACUGCAAAUGGCAUGGCACAGAUUGGAGCAUGCACGAAGUAGAGUUAACGAAUUGGAACGUAUAAAGAACAAGAUGCGAUAAUUACAUAAUUUUUCCCGAUCCAAGAUUAUAUAUUGCUUUGUAAAGAUGAGUAAUAUUACAUUAAUGUUGCUCCCGGCGACCCAAUUGAUAAUAAUAAAUUUGUAUACUUUUGUCAAUUAAAACUUCUUAUCAUCCUGUUUACAUUGUGACAAUUAUUGCAAUCAGUGUUGUGUGUCAAGUUAUAAAUAUUUAUAAUAAAAAAUUAUAAAUACUAUUCCUAAAAAA